AUGGCCCGCGGAACCGUGAGCGGUCGCGCGGCGGAGGUUCUGCGGAACACUCUGGGCGGCGUGCGCGGGCGGCAGAACGCCGCGGCAUGGCUAGUGGCGGGAACGGCGGCGUACUUUCUGUGGGUGCGCCCCGAGUGGGAGAAGCAACGUGAGCGAGAGGAGGCGAUGAGGAGAUGGAGGGAGAGUGGGGAGGCAGAGAGAUACGCGGAGAAGGUAGCGCCAAGAGCCGACCCUCAGGUUGGGGGGCUUAUCAUAGGAGAUGCGUCCAAGAACAGGAACUAG